AUGGCAUUACAGAAGAUGCCCUUAAUUUUGACAUUUGCCAUAGCUAUGCUUUUGAGUAUGACAGUCUUGUCAAUUGCUGACAAUGAAUGUGACGAGGAUAAAUGUGACAGCGAUAAAUCACAUCAUUUCUGCAUUGGAGAACGAGUAGAGGGCGAUCGUCUCGUUCUGAAAAAAGCCGUAUAUAAACAACAAGAAGGCAUAUGUUAUCACCAGGAGAGAUUCUCAGUCCCGAAUAAAAGGGAGAUGAAAAUCACUAAGGUUGUUGCUGAAGAUCAGAUGACUGAUGGCACUGGAGCCUAUUGCGAGCUUAUUAAGGGUGGUGUAAACGAACCUAAUGUCACUUUGGAAUUUUCUAACAUGAUCAACGGCAAGAUUGACUUUGUUGUUAAGUUAUACGCAUGA